AUGGUGGGGAAAGCUACUUGGAACAGUAGCUUUGAGAGUUUUACUGCGGUGUUGGAGCAGCUUGAUGAUCAUCACGGAGAUAUGCUGCGACAGUCCUUCUUGUGGCCACUGUACCAUAUGCGAGAUGUGCAGUACUCAGGACAGAUCAUCGAUGCACUUCUAUGUCGGCUUUUGAGACCAGUCGACAGCGAUUCCCUCCACUUCGACCUCGGGGGCAAGGUUGUCAGUUUCUCGAUUUAUGAGUUUAGCUUGAUCGCUGGACUGAGGAUUACGGGCGACUAUACAGCCAUUGAAAGAAGCAAUAGGCUGUACGAGACGUACUUUCAGGAACAUGGGUCAGUGCAUCUACCCGAGUUGAUGGUCGCGAUUAGGGGGUGCGAUCAGAUGUUAGAUAGAUUGAAGCUUGGGCUGGUCUACAUCCUCGAGAGUGUGAUGAGGUGUCAUCAUAAGAAGACUGCCAUCGACAUUUUUCAUUUGGAAGUUGUUGACGACAUUGAUGCGUUCAACAGCUAUCCAUGGGGCCAGAGAUGCUACGAAGACACCGUACAUGUUUUCACCAGAUUACACUCGAGGCCCAGGGGGUCAAUACGUAAAUACGAUACAUAUGGAUUGCCCUUAGCGGUGCAGCUAAAUGUUUAA